ACCACUACAAAAUGGCAGUGAACGAUUAGCGCGAGAUAUACCAAAUUCGCCGUAACAUAUUAUAUCGUAUUUAUUGUUUUACCGAGUGUUUGAAUUUAAGUUUGUACACUGUCGGCAAGGUGACAUAAAAAUCAGCGAUUGGUGCAUACAAAGGUGUCGGUCGGAGCCGAUCGCAGCGGCAGGUGAAGGAUGUCGAGCGAUGUUGAAGAGGCGGAAGGGGAACAGGACAAAUCCUUCGUGGUGGAGCGCGCCAAGAGCGGACGCGCCAAGUGCAAGAAGUGUAAAUGCACGAUCGAAAAGGACGAGUUGCGGAUCGGGAAGCUCGUGGUGAGCUUCUUCGACGGCAAGCUGAUGCCGGCAUGGCACCACGUGACCUGCAUCAUCGAGGUGUUCGCCAAGCAGCGGGCCACGACCAAGCGAAUCGAGGAUCCUGAGAAGGACGUGAAGGGCUGGGAGCGAUUGUCCGACGAGGACAAGCAGCUCGUCCUGGACAAACUGGAGGAGCUCGAGAGAUCCUCUCCGGCCAAGGAUGCAAAGAAAACUGCAACACUGCGGAAAGCUGCGGGCGAAUCCUCGCGGGCGGUAGCGAACAAAAAUUCGAAUCAGAAGGCUAAAAAGACCGCGACUAUCGAAAAAGAGAAAAACGAGACUAAAGGGAAGGAUGAAUGCAAAGACGAGAGAGCAAAGGGCAAGGUACCGUCGAAGGAUGACUCGUUCCGCGAAUUCCGACGCGUGUGCAGCAAUGUCGCCGACGUCGACGCUUAUACCGACAAGACUGCGAUCAUCAGGAAGAUGUUCACGCGGAGAACGCAGGGUGACGGUUUUAGAGGCGACGUCGUACUCUGGUGUAAACUGUUGCUACCCGGCGCUGUAAAGAGAAUUUACAAUCUGCAGAGCAAGCAGCUCAUAAAGCUGUUUGCGCGAUUGUUGCUUCAGGAUGAGGACUCGAUGUUAGAGCAUCUGGAGCAGGGCGACGUAGCUGAGACGAUCAGUGUGUUCUUUGAGAACAGCGUCGCCGUGUCGCCUUGUGCCAAGAGUGUGUUGACGAUCCAAGACGUUGACCUUUUUUUGGAAAGACUGUCGCACCUAACCAAAGAAGAGGAACAAAUCCAACAUUUCCGAACUGUCAUUGAUAAAUGCACCGCAAACGACCUCAAGAUGAUCGUGCGUCUGGUUAAGCACGAUCUGCGUAUCAAUGCCGGUCCGAAACACAUUCUGGAAGGAAUCCACGAGGACGCGUACAAGGCCUUUCAAAUGUCACGUGAUUUGGAAACGGUGGUACGGCGUUUUUGGCCUGAUUUAAAGGAUCAGGAUAAAUCAUCUAUCUCGGGCUCGCCCUCUUCAAGUUGCGAUAAAGUAGCCCUUUCGCUAAUGACGCCCGUCUUGCCUAUGCUGGCGGAAGCGUGCACAUCCGUGGAAAUGGCGAUGCGAAAGUGCCCGAACGGGAUGUUAUCUGAGGUCAAAUAUGACGGCGAGCGCGUGCAGGUGCACAAGAGCGGCAACGAGUUUCGUUACUUUAGCAGAUCUCUUAAGCCAGUCAUGCCACAUAAGGUAAAUCUCUUCAAGGAUUAUAUAGCGCGAGCAUUUCCCGACGGUGACGAUUUGAUCCUCGAUUCUGAGAUCCUCAUGGUUGAUAAUGAAACGGGCCAACCGUUGCCUUUCGGUACUUUAGGAAUACACAAGAAAGCCAAGUUCAAGAAUGCUAACGUAUGCCUGUUUGUAUUCGAUUGUUUGUAUUACAACGGCGAAAUACUAAUGAAUAAAACUAUGUCGGAGCGUAGAAGAAUCUUGAGAGACAGGAUAACCGAGAUACCGAACAGAAUAAUGCUGUCGGAAGUUCAUGAAGUGCAUGAUCCGCAGGAUUUGACAAAAAUGAUUGUCAAAGUGUUGAAACAGGGUCUCGAGGGAUUGGUUUUGAAAGAUAUCAAUAGCAAAUACGAGCCUGGAAAGCGACACUGGCUGAAGGUAAAAAAGGACUAUUUGUGCGGCGGCGCGAUGGCCGAUAGCGCAGAUCUCGUCGUACUUGGAGCAUGGUACGGCACAGGCAACAAAGGUGGUAUGAUGUCGAUCUUCUUAAUGGGCUGCUACGACGAGAAGAGUGAUAAGUGGUUGACUGUUACGAAAGUCCACACCGGACAUGACGAUGCUACGUUGGCUGCGCUCCAGAACGAGCUCGACAUGGUGAAAAUAGGCAAGGACACGGAAAAACUGCCGGACUGGUUACUGGCGAAGAAACCCAUGGUACCAGAUUUUGUGGCGAAAGAUCCCAAGAAACAGCCGGUGUGGGAGAUAACGGGGGCCGAGUUCACGAAUCAAGGGGUGCACACCGCCGAUGGCAUCAGCAUCCGAUUUCCGCGAGUGACGCGUAUCCGUCACGACAAGAAUUGGUCCACGGCUACGACACUGAAUGAGUUGCGCGAGCUCUUUCGAAAAAAGCCCGAAUCGGUAGACUUUAGUCUUCUACUAGGAUCAUUGGACGUCAAGGAUAUCCUCACUAAAAAAUCGUUCGGCUCGCCGGAAACGUCGCCUAGUCCCGAAAAAAUGAAAAAGAUAACGAGCUGGUUCGAUGACGAACCGUCCACGAGUUCCGCGGCACUUAAAUGCAAAAUCAAAGAGGAGCCGCUGGACGUUUCCAAGGAAUUCUCCAAGGGACAAAAAAGGGAUAAGCACGAUGACAGCUCCGACAGCAUCGCGGGCGUCCGAUCAGAGAGAAAAAGAUUAAAAGUGGAGCGUGACAUUAAAAAAGAAAUAGAGGAUCCUUCGUUAACAGUAGUCAAGACGAAGGAGAGAAAGAAGAAGAAAAAUAAAAAGGAGGACGAGGAGAAGGAAUCGGAUUUAGUGGCGAGGCAGGCGAAGAAACAGAAGCCAGAGGAGGAUCAUUACGUUAAUCAGCUGACUGGGGGAAUGGACGCGGAAGAAUCCUCCUCAGGAGAGACAAGUGUUUUUGAUUCGGACGCCGAGAACGACGGAUCCAACGCUGUUGUUCUAGAGGAUGUUCGAGCGAUUCUCGCACCCGGUUUCAACGAUAACGCCAAGAAAGGCGUGCGGAAGCUGCUCAGAACACUCGGCGCUACGUUAGUGACGCACAAGAAUAGAUUCAACUCGACUCACGUCAUCCACGCCCGCACGGAAAUUCCGUCGACAUACCUCGAGGAUUUCACGGACUUCCCGAAGACCGUCAAACACGUGAACGUGUCCUGGUUGGAGGCUGCCGCGCGAUCGGGCAAGCAAGACGAAAGCUCGUACGCGGUGCAGCUGGUGGGAGAUUAUUGCGAAUGCCCCUGCACACAUCGAUAACCUAGCAGGAAUAAUUUAUACAUACCCAUGUGACACGUUGCAAAGCGACAUUGAUUUUUUCCUUGUAAUUAAAAUUUAAUAAAAGGGUCUCGUUAUGAGAUGCUUUUUUUCUCGUGAUAUUUAUGUUGAAGGUACACGUUCCCAAGUGCACAAUGGCAUUGACCCAUUAGACCGACCUAUUAGUCCCUACCCUAGUUAG